GUGCAAUCUAGAGAGAGAGAGAGAGAGCGAUUGAUAGAAAGAUAACAAUGGCGUCUCUUCAGCAGCUCACCCUCACGCAUUCCUCAUCUUCCUCCAUAGCCACGCACCUGUCUCCCAAAAUUUACUCGUACCCUCACCUCCGCCGCCGCUCGCUCCUUCCUUCCGCCUCCGCCGCUCGCGACUCUCCUCCUCCGCUACACGAGGGCACAAUCGGCCGCCGCGAACUGAUAGGCCUCCACGCCGCCGCCGCAAUAUCACUCUCCACUCUCGGAAGCAAGGCAUUGGCCGGCGAAGACGUGCUCUCUGAGUGGGAAAGGGUUUACCUCCCAAUUGACCCCGGCGUUGUCCUUCUCGACAUUGCUUUCGUCCCCGACGACCCCUCUCACGGUUUUCUAUUGGGAACUAGACAAACACUUUUGGAGACUAAAGAUGGAGGGAGCACUUGGGCACCUCGUACAAUUCCAUCUGCCGAGGACGAAGAUUUCAACUAUAGAUUUAACUCCAUCAGCUUCAAAGGCAAAGAAGGUUGGAUUAUCGGCAAACCAGCUAUCUUGCUGUACACAGCUGAUGCUGGAGACAACUGGAAACGUAUUCCGUUGAGUUCGCAACUUCCUGGUGAUAUGGUACUGUCGUUCAUCUUUUUCUUCCUUUUUUCAAUUGAAAUUAGGUGCAGAAAAUGGGUAACUGAUCAAGGUGCAAUAUACGUAACAUCAAAUGCGGGAUACAACUGGAAGGCUGCAAUUCAGGAGACUGUUUCCGCUACUCUAAAUAGAACAGUUUCCAGUGGUAUCAGUGGCGCGAGCUACUACACAGGAACCUUUAGCAAUGUAAAUCGCUCACCUGAAGGGAAUUACGUUGCUGUUUCAAGCCGUGGUAACUUUUACUUGACAUGGGAACCAGGUCAGGCUUACUGGCAGCCACAUAACAGGGCUGUUGCAAGAAGAAUCCAAAAUAUGGGCUGGAGAGCUGAUGGUGGUCUUUGGCUUCUUGUACGUGGUGGUGGACUUUACCUCAGCAAGGGCACUGGGAUAUCAGAGGAGUUUGAGGAAAUCCCUGUACAGAGUCGUGGAUUUGGGAUUCUUGAUGUUGGGUACCGCUCGCAGGCGGAAGCUUGGGCUGCCGGUGGCAGUGGAAUUCUGUUAAAAACUACAAACAGUGGAAAGACCUGGGCGAGAGAUAAGGCUGCUGACAACAUUGCUGCCAAUCUAUAUGCUGUAAAGUUUGUCAAUGACAGACAAGGGUUCGUGCUUGGGAAUGACGGAGUCUUGCUAAAGUACCUAGGAUGAAAACAUCUUGAACUUGGGGUUCGAAGGAGGGUUCCAGUUUUCCAAAUGCUGAAUCAGUGUACAUUUUUAUUACAGUUGUAAAUGUCAUUCAAAGGUUCACACUUCAACUUCUACUACCUAAACAAGUUAUUGUGUUGAUAACUAUAUAUAUAGUGUGUGUUCAAUAACUCAAUUUUUUUUCGGCAUUUUUGUAAUACUAAAAUAAAUUUA